GAUAAAACUGCGAAGAAGCGUAGUGUGUGGAUUAGAAUGAACGAACAGCCCCAACCGGUGAACAUUGUGUAGCUCGUCUGAUUCUCCGCAGAAGCUCUCACUCUGGUAGCGGGUUAGCACCAUGGCGAACGUUGCGGACACUAGGCUAUACGACAUCCUCGGAGUUUCACCUUCUGCCUCUGAAAACGAACUAAAAAAGGCUUAUCGGAAAUUGGCUAAAGAGUAUCAUCCUGACAAGAAUCCUGAUGCUGGUGACAAGUUCAAAGAAAUAAGUUUUGCUUAUGAAGUGUUGACAAACCCUGAGAAGAAAGAGCUUUAUGAUCGCUAUGGAGAGCAGGGCCUUCGGGAGGGAGGCGGCGGCGGCCCCGGCAUGGAUGAUAUCUUCUCCCACAUUUUUGGCGGAGGACUCUUCGGCUUCAUGGGCGGCCGGGGAAGUCGAAGCAAUGGAGGCAAGAGGAGAGGAGACGACAUGGUGCAUCCUCUGAAAGUGUCUCUUGAAGACCUGUACAAUGGAAAAACUACAAAGCUGCAGCUCAGUAAGAAUGUGUUAUGUAGCGCCUGCAAUGGUCAAGGGGGUAAGGCAGGAGCAGUACAGAAGUGUGUGGCAUGCAGAGGAAGAGGAAUGAAAAUCAUGAUCAGACAGCUGGCCCCAGGGAUGGUGCAGCAAAUGCAGUCUGUCUGCACCGACUGCAACGGAGAGGGUGAGGUGAUAAAUGAGAAGGACCGCUGCAGAAAGUGCGAGGGUCAGAAGGUUUGCAAGGAGACAAAACUUCUGGAAGUUCAUGUGGACAAAGGCAUGAAGCAUGGCCAGAAGAUCACAUUCUCUGGGGAAGCUGACCAAGCACCAGGUGUUGAACCAGGAGAUAUCGUUCUGGUGCUUCAAGAGAAAGACCAUGAGGAAUUCCGACGUGAUGGCAGUGACCUUCACAUGGUCCAGCGCAUUGGCCUUGUCGAAGCUCUGUGUGGCUUCCAGAUCACCAUCACACACUUGGAUGGACGUCAGCUGCUGGUCAAAUAUCCACCUGGCAAGGUCAUUGAGCCAGGUUGUAUUCGAGUUGUGAAAGGAGAGGGAAUGCCUCAGUACAGAAAUCCAUUUGAAAAAGGAGAUCUUUACAUCAAGUUUGACGUUCAGUUCCCAGAAAGCAACUGGAUCAGCCCUGAAAAACUCAAUGACUUGGAGAACCUUCUUCCAGCCCGAGCUGACAAUCCUGACAUCGCUGCAGAUGCUGAAGAAGUUGAUCUUGCAGAAUUUGACAGAAGUCAAGGGUCUGGCAGUGGAGGCAGGAGAGAGGUGUACAAUGAUAGUUCUGAUGAUGAAGGGGGCCAUCACGGCCCCGGGGUGCAGUGCGCGCACCAGUAGAAAGACUCAUACAUAGACUUUCACAUAAACACCCUUCAAGUUCCA